AUGUGGGCUUUGGAAGAUCCACGCAGAUUACAGGAAGUCCUUGACCUUGAAGGCUUUCAGCCCAAGAAUAUCACAAUCACACUUCGGUACACGGAUUUUUGGUAUUGGGAAGAGAACAGGCCAAUACACAUUGAUGCACGAUGGGUGAAUACCGUGCGAUUCCCGUCGUCGGUCUCUUCAAUCAAUAUGGACUUUGAAAUGAUCGACCGCCGCAAAAACGAAGUCGACGUCAUCACAGACUUAGCAACACAAACAUGGUUCUUUCGACGAGCCGACGGAAUGGUUCUGAGAGCCAGCAAAGAGGAUAUAAUCACAACCCGAUGGACGGGGUCUUCCAUCUUCGAUAAAAUGCGGUGGAUCAGAGAUGAGUCCCGACCAAACGAAAUUGAUUAUUAUGUCAAGACUGUGACAUGGAAAACUGCUCCGGGCUUUGAUCCCUUUGCUGGUGCUGGAGACGGUUGUCCCAAUUUAGAUUUUCCGCCUGGACUGGCUCGGGAGAAGCCGCCCUUUACGAGAAGGUUCACGCAUGUUUCGGUUGAUGAGCUCGAGGCUCACAAUAUUCCGCACGAUGCUAGUGCGCAGGAGGUUCAUGAAACUAUAUUGAGGCAUGCGAGAGAAAUACAGGCUGCCAUGUUGAGAAGACGUCGGGGUAGCCUCGGUCAGAACGUCUAA